AUACAUUGAGACAAAACUAAUAUCUAUUAGUCUAAACAUUCUUCAAGAAGAGAUAUUGCUGUAACACGUCUCGGUUGUUUCAACGUUACAGAUAAAUAAUUAACGACAGUUUAAACGUUAUCAGACAUAAGUUUUUAGAAACCAUAUAUACAGGCCGAGCCUGCGCUCAUCGACCCUCCGAGAAACCAUAGAAACAGUAAAGCUAUGAAAAUCAAAACAAUCAUCCAUUGCAGUCAACUGUUUUAAGAAUUCUAGGAAUGAUCAACUAUGGACACCAAAGAUAGCAGCGACGAAGAGGAGGCACAUAUUUCAGCGUUUACAAAAUUUGAUGAAAGCAUAGAGGUGCGUAAUGCCGAAGAGAUACAAAGUCCUGUGAGUCACAGACCUUCAAGUUCCAAGAGACCUAGACCGACCCGUAGGACUGAAAGUCGCGAUGCUAUGGGGAUCAAUUCACCACGUGAAAAAUUGGACUUCAGAAGGUACUCUGACAACGAGAAUAGCUUUGGGAAGUCAAUGGGAAUCAACAGUGAUCCGUCUGAUAGUGAAGAAAGCGACGAUGAUGAUAUAGAGGGGACCAUUAAUGCACAGCCUGUUGAAAUUUAUAAUCCAAAAGAUUUUGAGGAUUUGGAGGUAUCCAUAGAAGUGAAGGAACUGUUUCAGAACAUAAUGAGGUACACGCCACAAAAGAUAGAGCUGAAUUACAAACUCAUCCCCUUUAUUCCCGACUAUAUUCCAGCAGUGGGUGAUAUCGACGCCUUCCUGAAGAUUCCACGACCCGAUGGAACGGAGGAUAAAAUAGGUUUAACCGUCUUGGACGAACCCUGCACCAAUCAAUCGGACCCAGCCGUGCUGCACCUGCAGCUACGUAGCUACAUGAAGAGCGCAGGUGCAGCAAGGCAGACAGUGAUCAAAAGGAUCGAAGAUGCAGAGAAAAAUGGUAAAUCAAUCGACAAGUGGAUCGAGGAUAUGAAUCAGCUUUAUAGAAGUAAGCAUCCACCGGCUGUUCACAUAACAAAACCAAUGCCUGACAUUGAUUCUUUGCUUCAACAAUGGCCAACCGAAGUAGAGGAGAAGCUGAACGAAGCUGAAUUGGAUUUCACGCAGCUCGAUUGUGAAUUACCCGAGUUGAUCGAUGUCAUUUGUAAUUUACUUGAUAUUCCUUCUGAUGAAGAAACGAGACUGGAAGCCCUUCAUACACUCUUCACUCUUUAUUUGGAAGUUAGAAAUGCUAAAGCCCAGAAAUAUUAAAAGACGUUUCUUUCAGAAACAUCUGAAAAGUUUUCCUCAUACUGUCACGUUUUCCCGGAAGGUUACGAGACAUUAGAUAGGUAAAUCAUCUAUCUGCAGAAUAAAGUAUGUAGUUUAGUGAACAAUGUAGCGAAUACGUAACAGUAUUUAUGUAACGACCUAAGUGUCAUAAAAAGCCACUGAUAUUAUUGACUAGGAAAUGUUUAUACAUUCAUAAUAUUCCUAGAUAAUAUAAUCAGAGGCUACUGACAGUUUAAGGACGGGUUUAGUGAUUAACACGACAUCAUGUAAAAAAAAUAUUUUAUUGUAACACUAUCAUCAAUUAUAUAAUUGUAUGAAUUUCACAAUAGGUAGGGAUCAAGAAGGAAAUAUUUAUAAUCUUGUGUAUUGUCGUGCAUAAAGUAAUUAUGUGAUUUCUUGUUGAUUGAUUUAAUUUAAUUCAAUCAUUUUUUUAUUUUAUAUUAAAAAUCACAUCCUAUUGUACCAACUGCGAU